UUGCAAUUAAAAAACAGCAAAAGACGUACUCUUUCUGCAAACUAACUAAGCAAAUAAUUAUAAACAAUAUGAAUUUUAAUAAAUUUUUCGUAUUAUUUGCCUUAAUUAUGGUUGCUGUUGUGGGACAAAGUGAAGCUGGUUGGUUGAAAAAAAUUGGCAAGAAAAUUGAACGUGUGGGUCAACACACUAGAGAUGCUACCAUACAAACUAUUGGGGUUGCUCAACAGGCCGCUAAUGUGGCCGCCACUUUAAAAGGAUAGAAUAUUAAAUUUAAUUUAGUUUUUAAAUACUAAUUGUUAAAUAGAAUUUAUUUAUUUAUUACAAGCUGAAUAAUUAAUUUAAAUAAAAUUUUAAAUAUAAAUAAAAAAGUAAAUUGUUCUAUUUAUAGU